CGCAAUACCUAAUUAUAUUGUUAUCUAAAGGUAAAAUAAAUGAACAUGGAGUCUAAGCCAGAAGAAGAAAAAAAUGUCCUUGAUAGUCGACUGCAAAAUAUUUUAAACAGUUUAUCAAGGUGCAAAAUUGAUUUCACAAAUGAAAAUGAAGAGUGCAGGAAAUUACGAGAAGCUAAUUCGAAGUUAGAAGUUGAAUUAAAAGAGGUGCGAGAGAUGGAGAAGUCCCAUCGCUAUCACCUAUUGACGUCUCGGGAAAUGAUAGGGAAUCUUCAAGAGACCGUUUCACAGCUCGUCUAUCUUAAAAGGGAAAUGAAAAAGAUGAAGGAACAAUUAUCUAUGAAAGAAAGUAAUAUUGCAGAUGUUGAAAAGGACAAAGAGAAUGUUAUACAAAAACAGAAUGACAAUAUAAUGAAACUGCGAAGUGCUUAUGAGAAGCAAAUUGAAGAUAUGAAGUCUGAUAAUAAAAGGGAAAUUCAACAGAUUCAAAACGAAUGCGACGCUCAGGUGGCCCAGUUUACAUGUGCCAUCGAAGAGCUGAGGGCCAAGAUGCGAGAAAUGGAGGCUGAACAUCGCGAAAAGAUCAACGUUUUGGUUCUGGAAUAUGAAGAGAAGAUCCAACGCGAGGCUGCUCGCGUGGUGCAGCUACAAGAGGAGUUAGCUCGGGAGACGGCGAGGACGGACCUUAAUAUUGACGCUUAUAGACGACGACUGGAAGAACUCGAGGAGAAACUAAAACAAAGCCAGUUCAAGCAAUAUUUGCAGAACAGUUACCCUUCGCAGUAUGAAAAUCACGUUGAAAGACCCUACUCUGCAAAUAGGGAGCCCUAUACAGAAUAUCAUAGUAUAGAUUCGGAUCCAGUACAAGAUAUACCUACGACAAAGUUUGCUAUGCCUUCACAAACUAAGGCUCCGAAGCCAAAUAGUCUGCAAGUAAUUUAUUACGAUAAAAACGUCGCAGAAACUCCUAAACCAAAAAGUUCGGAGAAAAAAGGUCUAUUUCACAUUACGAAGAAAAGGAAACUUUACAACGACAAAGAUUUUCAGGAUUUUUAACUUGUUAUAGCUACGCAUAGACGUUACCUAUGUUAUUUAAGAUUUGUAACAAAAAUUCUAAUAAAUGCAUGUUUUGCCAAUUUAAAUCUCUUAUUUUUGCACUCGCCGCAUCAUCCUUAUUUAACAAUUAGUAAUCACUAGUGCCUUUUGUAUACCAAGAAGUUACGUAACGAUAGAGCAGAAUGAUUCAACAUAAUAUUGUAUGCAUUUCAAGAUUUCAAUAAAAGUCGUCAGAAUAAUAGACCUUUCAAAAUUAAUCAUAAUCAACGCUAUUAAAAGUAUUAUAUAACAAAAAAUAUGACCAGUAAUUAUUUUACUAGUCAGUCUCGCCACAAUAACUAUUUGUAACGAAAAAGCAAUUAUGUUAGCAACGGUGGCUCUUUCUAAAUUAGUCGUUGCCUUAUCUGAUAUGUACCUGUUACAACGAAUAAGAAUGCGAUUAUGAAAAUAACUACAAGCCUAGGUGGUACAUAUUCAUAAGUUACAUCACGAUAUGACCCACAUAUCGUCGUUUAAAUCCUACCUACUUCCCCUGAAGCGUGAAUUGCUUUAUUAGCCACUUUAUUUGGUUAGAAAUAAUUUAUACCCUGUAAUUACAAAUCGCCACGAAUUAGAUACGUAUUAGUGUAUUUACCUUCUAAAAUUGCACACGCAAUCUGCGGCACAUUAAGUUACCCAGAAUUAUCUGUGCAUAAUUAGGGGAAACCGUAUAAUCUUAAGUGAAACGGAGAUUCAGUGUCAUCUAUCGUAAUGCAUGUAAAACUCAUCAGUUAGUCAGUCAGACAUAUAAUUUUAUGUACCUGCAUCUUGCUUUCAAUCUGUUUAAGAAGGUUGCUUAAAAAAUA